UUCUGGGAGAAGUAGUUUUUAGCAUAUGCUGGUGAGGAACUGUAUGCUCGCUGUUUAAAAGUUGUCCGCCAAAAAACUGAUGGCUGAUCGAGUGCUUGUGAUUGGCAGUGGAGGCAGAGAACAUGCACUGGCUUGGAAACUGGCACAAUCUCCACACCUGAAACAAGUACUGGUUGCUCCAGGAAAUGCUGGGACAGCCAAUAAUGGGAAAAUUUCUAAUUCAGCAAUCUCAGUCAGUGAUCAUGCAGCCCUUUCUACAUACUGCAGAGACCAGAAGAUUGGCCUUGUGGUGAUCGGUCCAGAAGUCCCCCUUGCUGCUGGAAUUGUUGAUGACUUGGCAGCUGCCGGUGUGAGAUGUUUUGGUCCUACAGCAAAGGCAGCCCAGCUAGAGUCAAGUAAGAGUUUUUCAAAGGCCUUCCUAGAUCGUCAUGGCAUCCCUACUGCAAGAUGGAAAGCUUUCACUAAUGAGGAAGAAGCUUGCACUUUUAUUACCAGUGCAUCUUUCCCUGCUCUAGUUGUAAAAGCAAGUGGUCUGGCUGCGGGAAAAGGUGUGAUUGUAGCUGCUAAUAAAGAAGAAGCCUGCCGAGCUGUGCAUGAAAUAAUGCGAGAUAAAACUUUUGGAGCAGCUGGAGAAACUAUUGUGAUUGAGGAACUUCUUGAAGGAGAAGAAGUUUCUUGCUUGUGCUUCACAGAUGGUAUCACUGUGGCUCCUAUGCCUCCUGCCCAGGAUCACAAACGGUUAAUGGAUGGUGAUCAAGGACCAAACACUGGUGGAAUGGGUGCAUACUGCCCAGCACCUCAGCUGUCUCAAGACAUGAUUUUGAAAAUCAGAAAUUCUAUUCUCCAGAAAACAAUUGAUGGUAUGAGAAAAGAAGGUAUCCCAUACAUAGGUGUGCUUUAUGCGGGGUUAAUGCUAACCAAAGAUGGACCUAAAGUUUUGGAGUUCAACUGUAGAUUUGGUGACCCUGAAUGCCAGGUAAUUCUCCCACUUCUUAAAAGUGACCUUUAUGAGGUUAUGCAAGCAACCAUUGAUAAGAAGUUGUCCAACUGCAUACCCGUUUGGUUUGAAGAUCGUGCAGCUGUUACUGUGGUCAUGGCUAGUGAAGGCUAUCCAGGAAAUUAUGCCAAAGGUUUGGAAAUAACAGGAUUUUCUCAAGCUAAAGAACAAGGUUUGGAGGUAUUCCAUGCUGGCACAACCCUAAAAGAUGGCAAGGUGGUUACCAGUGGUGGAAGAGUCCUCACUGUGACAGCUAUCAAGAAAGAUCUUCGAUCUGCACUGGAACAUGCCAACAAAGGAGUGGAAAUCAUUCGUUUCAAAGGGGCCAUUUAUAGAAAGGAUAUUGGUUAUCGUGCUAUUGCUUUUCUUAAACAAUCCAGGUAUCUAUUUGAAGACAAAACUAAAAAUUGAUAGUUAAAUUGAAGCAAGCAGAAGACCCACAAGUCAUUAUAAAUUGCUGCUUGAUUUAAUGUUUAUACAGUGAACUCUUGGUUUAAUAGAUCUCAAUUAAGAAAUUGGAUCCAUCUGAAUGUAACAUAUACGCCCUUACCUGAAAAAUUUAGAGGCAAUUUGGUAUCACGUUUAAGGUGUUGUCUCCUAGAAGCCCUCUGGGACUACACACUUUAGCUCCACAUCCUGUCUUGGUGUGCACCUUGACAGUUACUGCUGCCACAAAGGGAUGCCUUUUCUUGAUGUCUUCUAACUCUAGAUCCCCACUUGAAUUAUGUGAUUAGAGAAUUCAGAUCCUCCUUCUUGUCCCCUUCUGUGGAGAAAUAGACCAAUCUCACAAGACA